GACCACCUCAUACUCUUCAGUAAUGAACCUGGACCCUCAGACACAAAAAAGAAGAGCAAAACUCCUGUUUCUGUGGAGGAGCAGCGGUCCAGCUGUGCUUUGUGUCAGGACGUCCUGAAGGAUCCAGUCUCUACCAGCUGUGCACACAAUAGAGGUCUGCAGGAGGUUUUAGAUGAACAUAGGAUCAGUCUGAAGAGGAGAUGUGAACGUGUGACUGAAGGAAGUGAAGAAACAGUGAGUAAAACCCUCCUCAACAGGAUCUACACUGAGCUCUACAUCACAGAGGGACUGAGUGAAGAGGUUAAUACUCAACAUGAGGUGAAGCAGCUUGAGACAGCUUCCAAGAAAAAGACCCUCCGUGACGCUCCAAUCAAGUGCCACGACAUCUUUAAAGCCUCACCUGACCAACAGGUACACAUCAGAGUCGCUCUGACGGUCGGCGUCGCUGGCGUUGGAAAAACCUUCUCCGUGCAGAAGUUCACUCUGGACUGGGCAGAGGGUUUGGAAAACCAAGAUGUCAGUCUGCUGAUUCUGCUUUCCUUCAGGGAGCUGAACUUGAUCAAAGCUGAGCAGUACAGUCUUCUCAGGCUGCUCCAUGUUUUCCAUCCAACCUUACAGAAGGUCACAGCAGAGACGCUCGCUGUCUGUAGCGUUUUGUUCAUCUUUGACGGCCUGGAUGAAAGCAGACCUUCACUGGAUUUCCACAACAAUGAGGUUGUGUCUGAUGUCACACAGCAGUCAUCAGUCAACGUGCUGUUGACAAACCUCAUCAGCGGGAAUCUGCUUCCCUCGGCUCUCGUCUGGAUAACUUCCCGACCUGCAGCAACCAAUCAGAUCCCUCCUGCACGUGUGGACAGGGUAACAGAAGUACGAGGCUUCACUGACGUCCAGAAGGAGGAGUACUUCAGGAGGAGAUUCAGUGAUGAAGAACGGUCCGGCAGAAUCAUCUCUCACAUCAAGACAUCCAGGAGCCUCCACAUCAUGUGUCUGAUCCCUGUCUUCUGCUGGAUCACUGCUACAGUUCUGGACCACAUGUUGACUACAGACCAGAGAGGAGAGCUGCCCCAGACCCUCACUGACAUGUACUCACACUUCCUGCUGGUUCAGACCAAGAGGAAGAAGCAGAAGUAUGAUGAGGGACAUGAGACGAGUCCACGGGAGCUGACGAAGGCUGACGGGAAACUUCUUCUGAAGCUGGGGAGGCUGGCGUUUGAACAUCUGGAGAAAGGAAACAUCAUGUUCUACCAAGAAGACCUGGAGCAGUGUGGUCUUGAUGCCACGGAGGCCUUGGUGUACUCAGGAGUUUGUACAGAGAUCUUCAAAAGAGAGAGUGUGAUCUUCCAGAAAACAGUCUACUGCUUUGUUCAUCUGAGCAUUCAGGAGUUUCUGGCUGCAGUCUACCUGUUCCACUGUUACAGCAACAGGAACACAGAGGUACUGGAGGACUUCCUGGGGAGUGACUGGAAGAAGAACUCAUCCCUGGAUGUCUUCCUGUCUAAAGCCAUGAAGAAAUCCCUCACAAGUAAGAAUGGCCACCUGGACCUGUUUGUCCGCUUUCUCCACGGCCUCUCUCUGGAGUCCAACCAGAGACUCUUAGGAGGCCUGCUGGGUCAGACACACAACAGUCUACAAAUGAUCCGGAGAGCCAUCAACACCCUGAAGGAGAUGAGGAGUAAAGAUACCUCUGCUGACAGAAUCAUCAACACCCUGAAAGAGAUGAGGAGUAAAGAUACCUCUGCUGACAGAAGCAUCAACAUCUUCCACUGUCUGACAGAGAUGAAGGACCACUCAGUACAUCAGGAGAUCCAAGAGUUCCUGCAGUCAGAGAACAGAUCACAGAAGGAACUCUCUGAGAUCCAGUGCUCAGCUCUGGCUCACAUGCUGCAGAUGUCAGAGGAGGUUCUGGAUGAGUUGGUCCUGGAGAAGUACAAGACAUCACAGGAGGGACGACGGAGACUGAUUCCAGCUGUGAGGAACUGCAGAAAGGCUGUACUUUAUGGAUGUAACAUCUCAGACACUGAUUGUGAAGUCGUGGCCUCAGCUCUGAAGUCCAACCCCUCCCACCUGAGAGAGCUGCACCUGAAUAUAACACCACUGAAGGAUUCAGCAGUGAAGCCGCUGUCUGCUGGACUGCAGAGUCCAAACUGUAGACUGGAGACGCUGAGAUUGAGGGGCUACAGUCUGUCAGAGAUCAGCUGGGCUUCUCUGUUCUCAGCUCUGAAGUCCAACCCCCCCCAUCUGAGAGAGCUGGAGCUGUGGGACACCGAGCUGCAGGAUUCAUCAGUGAAGCUGCUGUGUGACCUUCUGGAGAGUCCAGACUGCAGACUGGAGGCUCUCAGAUUGGGGGGCUGCAGUCUGUCAGAGAUCAGCUGUGCUUCUCUGGUCUCAGCUCUGAAGUCCAACCCCUCCCAUCUGAGAGAGCUGAACCUGAGGGACACCAAGCUGCAGGAUUCAUCAGAGAAGCUGCUGCGUGACCUUCUGGAGAGUCCAGACUGCAGACUGGAGACUCUCAGGUCAGUCAGGGUCCGACUCAGUCUCUGCUGGUUCAGCAGUAUUGUACUAACAGGGGGGUUAAUGUGUUACUCACGUUGGGGAAUCCCCCAGUUCUACCUUCCACUUGUAGCCUAGCUUAGCAGAACUAAUCAGUGAUUUCACUCAUUGCCUGCAGGUUCUCCUGUUCUUUCAUCUGGUGUUUCUUUUCUUUCAUUCUUCCACUAACAAUAAAACACAAGCUGACAAUGCAAAGCCAAGCAACAUGUUACAAGUUGUAACUUUGGAACUUGUGAUUUCACAGAAGAGUGAGACAGGUAGUGUGUUUGGUUCUUGGAUCCAGACUAAAGACGAGUUACUUCCUGUAAUGCAGGCUCAGAGCUGUCUGCAGUCAGUUGUAGUGUUUGCACAGAAGAUAUGAUGCCAUGUAAAGCGUUCCAUCAGUCGGCUCGUGUCAGGACUCUGAAGCGGGCUGACUCUAACAACAAACUGUUAUUUAAACCUGAGACGUAACUUUUGGGAUUGUGUUCCUACAGGAUCGAUGGCGAGUUGAUCACAGCUGAGAAACACACAACAUAGGACUCCAUCAAACUGGAUGUGUGAACAAACCUGCCCGAGGAAGACAGCAAGGUGAAAGAGGAGCAGCUGCACAGUGUGAAGUAUAUUUAUGGAGCUUCACCACAGAAUCAAAUGUAGUUAUUGGUAAUUGUUUGCCUGGGACCGACCUGCAGGCUCAGCUUGUAUUAGCUCAGAUCAACUGGUCCUCCUGCUGGAGAGACGAGUGGAAGAUGGAGCAGUUCAUAUCUAAAGAUAUAUAUAUAUAUAAUUAACUUGGGUUACUUAAAUAUAUUUCUUAAAGCUUAAAGUGCAUCAACCUGUUCACCUUUCAUAAGUUCUCUUGCUGGAGUUCUGAUAUACACUUGUACUUGUUUAAACUUCAUCAGACUUCUUGUUUUUGAUAUUCAUCGUCUCAUCUUAAACAUUAUUCUUCAUUUCUACAUUAAACUGCGUAUUAGUGGAA